AUGGUGUCGCCCAAACCGGAGAAGCUGGCCGCGCUUUAUGCAGGUUCGAAAGGGGAGGGGGCGAACCUUGACGCUUCGGCUGCUACAUCCGGGCACUAUGGCGGUAUCGCCAUCCUGGCCGUGGUAGUAGUGGAGGACACAGUGCAGGACCUCCCAAAGUCACAACAUAUUGUUAAACAUGGGCAUCAAACUAGGAGAUCGCCAAGAUUGCAGCAGUCCUCUGAUGUUUCUACAAUAUCUUUGAGAAGCAGAAAAGUUAAAGAAACGCAUGCUUCUGUUACAAAACAAUGUAAUCAGAUGAAAAAGCUGGUACCACAACUUAAACAUGAAAAAUUGAAACAUGCCCACCAGAAAUUAGGAAAGUGUGUGGAAGACAAUGAUCAAAUUAAAAUAAGAAAAAUAUCAGAUAAUAAGAAAAUGGGUUGUUUCUCCCCCAAAAAACAUGAAGUGGAUUCUGAAAUCAGUGAUUCAACUACAUCUCAAGAUAAGCCAAGAGAACUGAGAAAUAAUUUUGAAAAUAAAGAAUUUGAAAAGGAAGUUGCCAACACAAUUUCCUGUCCUAUAAAUUCAGCUUGCAGUAUAGUAAGCAAAGCAAAGUCAAAGCACAAAAAUGGAAAAAUCAGUGUAAAAGCAGAUAGAGUUUUGCCAGUAGAACCUGUUUGUCAACAAGAAGAUGUGGUAAAAUCCAAAAAGAUUAGCAUUCUUGAACUGUGUGAAGAAAUUGCUGGCGAGAUUGAAUCAGAUACAGUAGAGGUAAAAAGAAUUUCUCCUAACCCUGACUAUGGAAAAGAGGAGGAAAAAAAUCCAGUGCUUGAAUUGCCACAGGAUAUAGUAUUAAAUGAGGAGAAAACUAACCAGAACUCUCAAUGUAAGCGAUUUUUUCCCAGCAGAAAAGGGAUGUCUGUCAAAUGUACUGUAAAUGGCAGACAUAGCACAAUGAACAAAAAUUCUAAAUGGACCAAAAUAAAAUUAACUAAAGUCAACCAUGUGAGCCAUAGUAUCUCAAGUACUCCGAAGCUUGAUGUUUUAAAAUGUAAUGAUCCUGAGGAACAACAAGCCAGAACUGUAGAAAUACACCUUCCAGAAGUCCAAAGGAAAUUAUCUGAAAACAAUGAUAGCACAAUACGUGAACAGAAGUUAAGUACAUCUGAUUUUGAAGGAAUCCAGAUUAAAGAUAGAAUGCUACAUGCUGAACAGUCCACUUUACAGAAGAUAGAGAAUGGUUUGUCUGAGGCAAAGCAUUGUCCUGGGCCAACACCAGAUAAGAGUUUCAAUUUAGAGUUCACUACAUAUCCAGAAAAUACUUCAGUGAAAAUAAUUUCAGAACAAACAUCUGUGAAGCAAGUAAAAAGAGAGACAACAGAAAUCAAACCUCAAGAUCCAGUUGGAAAACAGUUGGUUCAGACUCCUGCUAAUAAAACCUCUGAGAUAAAUGAGAGCAGGGCAUCUGUGCCAAAGAUUCCAUUAACAACAAAAUGUGGUGGCUUUCUUACAUCUGAAGAACAUAUUCAAAAAUUAAAAGAAGCUGCAAAAGAUGGCGAUAAGCAGCUAAUUAUAGAUGCAGGACAAAAACGGUUUGGAGCUAUUUCCUGUAAUAUUUGUGGAAUGCUUUAUACAGCUUCAAAUCCUGAGGAUGAAACCCAGCAUCUGUUCUUCCAUAACCAGUUUAUAAGUGCAGUAAAAUAUGUGGGGUGGAAAAAAGAGAGAAUUUUGUCUGAGUAUCCUGAUGGUAAGAUUAUAAUGGUCCUUCCUGAUGAUCCCAAGUAUGCACUGAGAAAGGUUGAUGAGAUCAGAGAGAUGGUUGAUAAUGAUCUGGGAUUCCAACAAGCUCCUCUAACAUGCUCCAGAACUAAGACUCUAUUAUUUAUUUCUAACGAUAAAAAAGUAAUUGGCUGCUUAAUUGCAGAACAUAUUCAAUGGGGAUAUAGAGUUAUUGAAGAAAAGAUUCCAGAUAUUAGUUCAGAAAAUGAGAUGCUUACUUUUGAAAGGCAAAAGGCCUGGUGCUGCUCAACAACUUCUGAGCCGGCCAUCUGUGGCAUUAGUCGCAUUUGGGUGUUCAGCAUGAUGCGACGGAAGAAAAUUGCUUCUCGGAUGUUAGAAUGCUUGAGAAACAAUUUUAUAUAUGGCUCAUAUUUAAGUAAAGAAGAAAUUGCUUUUUCUGACCCUACUCCGGAUGGAAAAUUGUUUGCAACACAAUAUUUUGGUACUAGUCAAUUUUUGGUAUAUAAUUUUCUCAGCGGACAACAGCCUCAAAGUGGUAACCUUUAUGAUAAAAGGUAAUGAGAAAUCAUUAACUCUGUUGCUUGAUGUUGACCAACAGAUUUGGACUUUUAUUAGCAGUGAACUCAGGAGUAGUAACAACCAAUAAGGUGAUGGUUGUAUUUUAUUAAAACUGUAAAUAGCACAGAAGUAGAAUAAUUUUAAAAGAUAUUUUUAAUAAAAAAAAUAUGUAUUAUCUCUAGUACACUAGCCAUGUUUACAUGCAGCAAAUAAUUUGUUCAUAGUGGACUGUCAAUUAGUGCAAGAACUAUGGUCGCCUUUUAAGUAUAUUUUGAAGUUCACAAUGUAAUAGUAUACCAAGGCAAUGAGAAAGUCUGUCUAUUUGGUAGAGUUGUGAAUCUGAGAAUCUCCAUAGACAUUUAGAAGUGUGAAAGUAUUCUGUAUUCAAGAUCAAUAAAAACUAGUGUCUAAUCAAAGUAUAUAGUUGGCAUAUACAUGUUGAAUGGAAAUAAUUUUAAAAGAAAGAUGUCAGCUCCUUUUGAAAAGUAUGCCUCCAACUAUACUUUAGCAAUAGCAAAUUGGUAUAUACUUUAAUUUGUGGACUUCACUUGAUACUUUAGCCUAAACCCCUCUUAUUUCAGAGGGUG